CUCCCUAUGGCAUCUGAUGAGCACCCCAAGAUUUACCAAAUGAAGCUCUGGGCCACCAAUGAGGUUCGCGCCAAGUCGAAGUUCUGGUAUUUCCUGAGGAAGCUGAAGAGGUCAAGAAGAGCAAUGGCCAAGUGCUUGCCACUAAUGAGUCAAUGUUGUUUUGCGAUGGGGAAGUGGUUCCUCCUCAACUCUCCUCCUGGCGAAAUCCAAUUUGUUGCCAAAGAUGUGAAGGAGGCUGCGUCAGAGGCACCCCCUCAAAACGACCAGUCGAAUUGGAGACUGUUUCGUUUUGAUGAAUUUUGGGCUCUCACAUGUCUGCGAAAUUGCAAACCUUUCUUUUGUAUUGGGGUUCCAAUUUUCCAAAAUCAGUUCUCCCUAAGGUGAUAAGUUUUUCCUCUCUUUUUUAAUUUUUACUCUGAUGUCUCUGUCCAAAACAAUUUUUUUUUUCAUAGUACGUUUUGUGCAAUGUACAGAUAUAUUAUAGGAAUGAAUCUGUCUUUUCAACAAACAGCAAGAGUUACAUA